AUGGGAAAACCUCGGUUGAUAAUUCUCAUCCGUCACGCCCAGUCAGAGGGAAACAAAAACCGUGAAAUCCACCAGUCGAUUCCGGACCACCGUGUGAAACUUACGCAGGAGGGGCAAAAACAGGCACUUGAAGCGGGUCGUAGAUUGCGAGCGCUCCUACGCCCAGAGGAUACACUACAUUUUUUUACAUCCCCUUACUGCCGCACGCGCGAGACGACUGAGGGAAUCCUUAAGUCUCUAACAUCGGACGACCCUUCUCCGUCACCAUUCCCAAGAAAUACAAUAAAGGUCUACGAGGAACCGCGCUUAAGAGAGCAAGACUUUGGCAACUUCCAGCCAUGCUCAGCAGAAAUGGAACGCAUGUGGCAGGAGCGCGCUGAUUACGGACAUUUUUUCUAUCGUAUCCCAAAUGGGGAGUCUGCGGCCGACGCCUACGACAGGAUUAGCGGUUUUAAUGAAUCCCUAUGGAGACUCUUUGGAGAAGAAAGCUUUGCCAGCGUGUGUGUUCUGGUGACACAUGGUCUAAUGACGCGGAUAUUUUUAAUGAAGUGGUACCACUUCAGCGUUGAGUACUUUGAGGACCUCCGAAAUGUCAAUCACUGUGAGUUCGUAAUUAUGAAGAAGAACGACGACGAUGGGAAGUAUGUCCUUCAGAAUAAUUUGCGCACCUGGUCUGAGUUAAGGAGGGAGAGGGAGAGGGAGCGAGAGAGGGAGCGAGAACAGCUGUCAAAGGGCGAUUCAGGUGCUGUAAUCGGCUCUAGCCUCGAGAUAGAGUCGCCUAUUCCGAUCAGAAGGAAAUGGGGCGGCUGUCCUAACGGGUGCAAUCAUUCGUCAAUGAAGUUUUGGAGAAGACGACCUCAGCGGCAACAAACAAAAGAUAUAUUAGAGGGCAAUGUAUCAACCUAUGGAGGCAGCAACGAUAUUCAAUCUAUUGCGGUACAGGAUAAACCUGGAUCUUACCUAGAAGUACCAGUCGAUAAAGCUUCUACUACCCAUCCUUACCCCGUCUCUCCUACUUCACAUUCUUCAUCACCAAAUUCGACGCCAUCACACAUCUCUUUGAAUUUACACCUGGACUCCAAUUCCCAACUUGAGUCGUUAUCAGAAGAAUUGAAUAGGGACCAAAGACAAUCUUCCACAUUCACUCAGGACAGAAGGCACUCCAAUAUCUGUCCCUCACAUCACCUGGGCGGACGGGACGGCGGCGGCUCCGAAAGUGGCGUAACAAGCCGUGCAACAUCAGAAAAUGAGAACGAUAACGUUGGAAAUGACAAUGAAGCCUAUAUGCGUAUUGCUGCUAGCUUGAAAGGUAGUAGGCAAGGCCAUGUGCAGCACCAAUUGCACAACAAUGACCGGAGGCAAGGACGUGGAAUCGCGAACUCAUUAGGCGAUCGAGACGACGACGACGACGACGACGACAGCGCAGGCCAUUCUGUGGGCAAACAUGGCGUUUUAAUUGAUGGCGACAAUGACGGGAACGAUAAUGACAACCACAAAAACUGCCUAUGUGCUGGCGAUGAGCUGGGAGAGGAAGGAGAUGCCCUCUUUGAGAAGGCAAUUCAGCAUGAUCGCAGUAUCCAGGGGGCUGUUUAUUAG